ACCCCCGAUUCAUCUACCUUUGGGGCUCCUCUUCUGCAUGAAGGUAUAAAGGGAGGUUUUCCCUCUUUCCUCCCUCAAACUGAACACAUAUGUAAAUCCUUGUUUUUUCCUCGUGAGGCAGAGGAGGCCAUAGCCACAAUGCUUAACUGCAUGCAUCUGACCUGGGGCUGGUUUUAACCCCAGUGCUCUGACCUAAACUGCUCAGCGCCCGGAAAUUCCAAGGAACCUGGUGGCCUUAAGUCCUUCAGGUGGAACAGUGUGCGACAUGGGAAAGAAAACCAAGCGGACAGCUGACAGUUCUUCUUCAGAGGAUGAGGAGGAGUACGUGGUGGAGAAGGUGCUAGACAGGCGUGUGGUUAAGGGGCAAGUGGAAUAUCUACUGAAGUGGAAAGGCUUUUCUGAGGAGCACAAUACUUGGGAACCUGAGAAAAAUUUGGAUUGCCCUGAGCUAAUUUCUGAGUUUAUGAAAAAAUAUAAGAAGAUGAAGGAGGGUGAAAAUAACAAACCAAGAGAGAAGUCAGAAAGUAACAAGAGGAAAUCCAAUUUCUCCAACAGUGCUGAUGAUAUCAAAUCCAAAAAAAAGAGAGAGCAGAGCAAUGAUAUCGCCCGGGGCUUUGAGAGAGGACUGGAACCAGAAAAGAUCAUUGGGGCGACAGAUUCCUGUGGUGACUUAAUGUUCCUAAUGAAAUGGAAAGACACAGAUGAAGCAGACCUGGUUCUUGCAAAAGAAGCUAAUGUAAAAUGUCCCCAGAUUGUGAUAGCAUUUUAUGAAGAGAGACUGACGUGGCAUGCAUAUCCUGAGGAUGCGGAAAACAAAGAGAAAGAAACAGCAAAGAGCUAAAGGAGGGAGUGGUCUCUGUCAUUUCUCUUUGUACAUAAUACAUUCACCUCCCUGCCUCCUCUCCCUUCUACUCACCCUCUUCUAUCCUAAACACAUCCAUAAAAAAUGUGCUUAUCACUGUGUGCUCCACAGGAGAAGUGUUGGUAUUGGUUCCCUUGUAACAUAACUGAUGGUCUCAUUCAUAAGUGUCUCUCUGUGAAGACCAGGCAUUUACAUACUGUGUGUAAUUCCCACAAUUUUUUCCUUUGCCCUGAUCUUUCUGUUCUGUUUCUUUCUGUCGUCAAGAUGAGUUUUAACUUUAUAAUCACCUUAGAGUUUCGAUCUUUUCAGAGUUGGUUGCUUUUUAGAUUGGGGGAUUUUGUUACAGUGGUGAUAAAUUUUGGUUUCUUACUUUGGUUUUUUAGAACAUGUUGAUGACCAGCUAGCCUUUGUUUUGAGAUGUUGGUAAGGAAAAGAUGUUGCCCAUCUUUUUAAAAAACCAAUAGCAACUGCCUACCUGUUGGGGCUUUCCCAACCCUCAUUCAGCUCUAUCCAGGAGAAUACAGGGUUCCUGGUGUGGUCUUCAGAGCCACCCUCUGUUAUUCAUCCUCACCCAUCCUCCCAAAGUAGCUCCAUCCUUUGGAGGACUUGAAAUUUUACAUUCAAAUUUAUCAGGGCAAAUUUAGCCCUAGGGCUUUUGGCCUUGUUUCUUAGCAGUCCCUGGUUCUGCUUCUACAAGGUGGUGUAAUCUGUCAUAAAAUUACAAGAUUAUUAACUGUGUAGAUUUUUAGCUAUUAGUACAUGAGGAUGAUGGGGUAGGAUACAGUUGUCAUCACAUAUGGUAUGUAUGUAUUAUUUCCUUCCAUGCCUCACAUUUGGACUAUAUAUUUACGUAGGUGUGAGUGACUGCCUGGUGCUUGCUUGUGCCAAGGUGCUAGGCACCCUCCAACUCUGCCAACUUUUGUGGCCUCCCAAAGCAUUCCUGUUACCAAAGAGGCUUCAAACCUGACCCUCACUUCUCAGUGAACCCGAGUUUCCCCUCCAUGCCAUUAUUUUCAGUGGGGAAUUCUUGGAGCCAUUGGCCACAAUAUCGAUUUUAAAUAUUAAUAGCAUUUAUAGUCAUAAAUUUCCUGCCUUUUUGACUGGAUUUGCCACUAAGAGACCCCGAGGUAUUAAUGCUCUUCCCUAUUUCCAGCCUCAAACUCGUAGUUGUAUCUUACUUUUAAAAAUGCAUUUCUGUGGAAGACUAUCACCUCAAGAGAGUGACAGGCCCUGGCAUUAGUGUGUCAACACAACCAUCUCUCCCUACUCAGCAAAAUACUUCCCUUUGGCUGCCUCCCACUUUGCCUUUACACUGAGAUAGUUUUUCCGAUCAUGUCCUUCAUGUCCUUCUGCCUUUGUCCCCCAAGAAAUGCCCUACAGAAAUACCCUUUUUUUCUUGUAGUUGAUGGGGUUUUGAGCAUCUUUUUCCCAGCCCAGGGCUGAGGAAAUAAGAAUAAAUGCUUGAAGUAGCCUUAACUCUGGGGUUCACUGGCCAUUGAGGUGGUUCUUGUUGCUUUUGAUUUUUAAAACAUAGCUCUCUGGCCAGGGGCGUUGAACCAUUUCUGGAUUAUUCAGAGUAAUGAGAAUGGAUGGAUUGCUCUAGUCCACAGUUGAGCCAAAUAAUAUGCAAAUCAUAUACCCAUUCAUAGCAUUUGUUAACAUUGCUUCCCUGCUCAGCUGCUGAUUGAAUUCUGUGUGCUUGUAUAAAUUAUGUCAGGAUGUAUACUAUACACUUGAGGAGACAGCUGCUGCUGCAGGGAUGUGACAGACUGGAACAAUGAAGCUUUUGGUUUAAGGCAUCCGGGAAAAUCCUAAAUGGUAAUGCUAUUGGGUGAAACUCAUAACCCAUACCUCAAGUGGGUAGGAGUUUUAGCUCCAUCUUUGCUUCCUCUCUGAAGGAAUUAAAGGCCUAGGUAAGUGCUAGGUAAUUGAGAGUUGUUAGUACUUAAUCUGAUAGGUAUCUAACAGAAAGAAAGGAUGGUCAGAAAACAGAUUUGUCAUACAAGUAACUGAGGAUGUCAAUUAGGAUAGAUGACAAUAGGACAGAAGUAGGCCAGAGCCCUGAGGAAGUGAUUUGGGUCUCUCAGUUUGCAAAUGGAGAAAUAAUAGCUUAUCCGUGUAGCUGGUGUGUUAUCUCGUAGGGACAGUGGGCAUGGAAACUACAGUGACCAUAUUUUUUAAACCAAAAUCUAACACGUGGGCAAAGACUACAACAAGUAUUUCUUACUGAGAUUGGUCCUGAGAAACUUGAGGCACAUGGUUGCAUUGGUUAUAGGUAAUACUUUAGAUAUCUGUUGAUAGCUGAUUUUCUUUUAAUGAAAUAACCACAGUAUCAACUACUAUUCAUAGCUUACUCUUACUCAUACCCCUUUAGUACCUUACUCUUUACUCCAUUCAUCUUUUUCUGUCCACAGUUUGUUGAUCAUAGUCUUGUACUGAGUGCUGCCAACACAACUUUUGUUCUGUCCUGCCUACUGACAGCUGCUCCUAUAGAAAUGUAGGUAGCCAGAAGCCAAUACUGAUUUCAGCCUUCAGCAGAAUGGCAACCAGAUGCCUGCCUGUGCCUCUGGCAUUUGUUCUAAGUAGCUCUCCUGCCCCGUGGAGAAGUGCAACCUCAAACAGAACCUGUUUCUCCUCACAGAAGAAUUUAUAUAGCAUUGGGCCAAGCACUCCCUAAAACAUCUAGGUCUCAAGUGCUCAGUAUAUUUUUCCUGUGUUUAGUCCUCUUCCAAAACAUCUUUCUAAUGCUAAGUUUUUUCUGGUAACAGCAUUCAGGAAUCGCCCUUUCCACAGAAUGUAGGAGAACCUCGUCCAGCAGAGUCUGUCUAUCAAGGUCAAUGUAGCUGCAUUUCUGAGCCCUGGGCUGGGCUGAUGCCCUCGUGUUAAGAUCAUCUGUUAGGAAAGUCAGCCCUGAAGGAAGCACUCAUUUUUAACCCAGAGAAAGUCGUGGCAUUUUUCCUGCUACAAUCCAGUUUUUGGGCAAGGGAACAAAACCUGUGUGCUUCUUAAGGCUCAGAAGUCUAGAUGGUCCUUGGCUGUCCCCAGCCAUAUCGCGUACUACCUUUUGUUGAUGGAAGGUUGGUCUUGUUCCCAUAGUUUGGGCAGUCAGGUUGUUACUAACUCUUUCCAUCCCUGUUCUAUAACCACAGUGUUGUGGGCAAUCCAUUUUCCUUAUAUUCAGGCCAAGUCCUAGGGCCUUGGCAAAGAUGCUUGGGAUUUUAAUAUUGUGAUUUUGUUGGAUCUGUGUUUAGCCCAGCUUUCCUAAGGACAGUGAGGGAUCAAGUAGGAUCUGCAUUUGAGCUGGGGAACAAUUGUCUUUGCCCUGAGGGUUCAAAUUUGAGAACUUAAAAUACUACUUUGCAAUGCCAUGAGAACCCCAGGAAGGGUUAUGGCAUUAGAUAAGGAAAUGUAGAGUUUCUCUCAAAUUAGGUCCAAGAAAAAUUCAUUUUGCACCUGUCACUCCCAUCCUCUUUGUUUAGAUUUUUAGAAUAAAUACGGUGUUGAGGUCUGUACCUUUGUGAUCAGACCACCAAGCAAGCAUACCUGUGGCAAGGCAGAGAGAGGAAAGGUUUAGAUCCAGUGUGUUCCAGUUAUGUUUUCAUAAAUAUAGAGAGGUUAUCAGCCUUACACCCAACAGCAUGCUCAGAAUUGGGUGCCCCUGCCCCCCACCCAAUUAAUAACAGUAGAUUUGUAUUGAGUAGUCCAUAUUCUAACCACAUUAGUGUAUGUCAACAUUCAUUUCAUUCAACAAAUAUUUUUUGGCCCUGGGGAUACAAAGUUCAAAACUAUGCAGUUCCCUGACCUCAAAGAACUUUUCAUACUGGUGUGGGAUGAACUGAACGUUGUUGUGUGUAAUAAAGGUUAUAAAUGGGCACACAUUUCUGAUUUUGUGGCAGAGACAGCUAGUUGUAGUUUGUAGCUCUAAAGUAGAUGGAUGACAGUUGGUUCAUAUGUGGAAAAGACUUAGGAUCUUGAAUGAGCUGAGCUAACUGGCCAUAGUUAGACCACAAUGACUAGGGCUUGUUUUAUUCCAGAAAAUAAAGAUAACUAUUAUCUAAAAGGUUUGUUAGAUAAGCUGCUGUUAGAACUGAGAGAAAACAGUAAGUGGGGAUUGAGAGACUCUUUUUAUGGUCCCUAUUUUAGGCCCAUUGCCAAAGGGUAUAAUUGUAUAGUUUUAGUCCUUGCUUGUGUAAAGUAUUAAUUAUAUUGCAGGUCCAGUUAUAUGUUGUUACCUUGUUGAGGGUUCUGUAACAUUUAUUUCUCCUGGACAUUUUAUCACAGUUACUCACACCAUUUUCACUUUCUCAUCCUGUUUGGAGGAAUUAACAUGAGGUUGGCUUUAAGCCUAAAAUAGGGACAUAAUUUCCAAUGACAGAAUUGCUGAAAAAAAGGCUUGGGGCACAUCUGUUAACACCUGGGCAUCUACUCUGGGUGAUGUAGUUACAUUCAACAUGGGAAGAUGGUGAUUUCUAAGCAGAGACCUGUGUCAGUUAUGUGAAAACCUCUCCCAAAAUACACACACCCUGGAGUUUGAUUUUUAAUCUAAGAAGGGUUGGGGUGAGGAGUAGGCCUGUUAAGGAACAGUCUGAUCCUAAGAAAUGUUUCAGUUCUGACAAUGUGACCACAAGAAAAAGAUACUUUUCUCUGCCUGGAUAAUUGGCGUUGCUUAGCUUUGAAAGUCAGAAUUCCCAGGAAUUAGAACAACGGUUCUGAAUAACUAAAGUGGAGGUCCUUUGGAUAGCUUCAUGAAGACAUUUACAGUUUUCUUUUUGCUUGUGCUGGAUUUACUGAAUUUUAAGCUACCUCAUCUUGUCUUUUUAGAGUUACUUCAGCUUGUUAUUGCCUCUCUAACAUCAGGUUUGACCGGUGGUUUUCUAAGGUGGAAUUUGUGCUGUUUACACGGGCACAGUGAUGUCUUGCCUUUUCUUCUGAUCCUUAUUUCACCUAGCAUCUCAUGUUGCUCCUCUGUCAGAGAAGUUUUUAAAAAUACUUUAAAAUCUUUGUUCAUGGAAAGAAAGUGACCCUCCCAUGCUAUUUGUCUUUGAGAUCAGUAAGAGAAGGAGUUAAACGAAGGUGGCGGUGGGGGCGGACAGAACCUGCACUGGAGGCAGCCGACAAGGAAGAGCCAUUAAUUAAGACAAUUUCAAAGUCAACUGAUUGUGAUCAUUAAUGUCACAAUAGAUCAAAACCUAAUUAUCACAGCCUAGGUAAGAGCCAUCAGUAUUAAUCGGAAAAUCUAAUAGGAAACUAUUAUCAAGAAAUUAGGCUAAAUUGAAUGCAGUGAACUUUUUAUCUUGCUAUUCUGGUUUGUGUGUGUGUGGGCAUGUGUAUGCGCAAAAUGUCCCCUGGCAUUGGCAGGUGUGACCCUCAAAGUUGAUCCAGGGGCCAGUUCAUCACACUUUUUGAGGAAUUCUAAACAGACUGAACCUGAACUGUCAUUGCCACUUUAAUCAGUCUUGAAACUAUCAUCACCUGGACUUGUCCAGUGUGAUAAGCAAUCAAUGAAAAAAGGUUUAUAUUUAGGUCUUGGAAUGGUUAGUCUCCUGGAACUAAAGUAUAUCUGGUGAGCAUUAAACUUGAUAAAUCAUUUUUUGAGCUUCUGAUGUAUAUAGAGUCCUGCUCUGGCUACUGUGAGGGGGUAAUGGAAGAAAGGAGGGGUUUCUGCCUGGUGGUUCUUUGAGAAGCCUAAGAAGGUAGAGCUUAAUUGGGUCACUGCACUCUAUAGGCUUGUCGGUGUUUUACAGUUUUCGGUAGCUUUAGUAUCUGAUUUGAAACAAGGGCUGGCUGUGGACUUAUUUUUUCCCCCUAAUUUUAGGAUAAAGGUCAUCAUUUUACCAAAAUCCAGUUGUAAAUUCAAAGGAGGGGGAAAAGUAUUUUUUCUUCUGCCUUUUCUUUUGUUAAAUAGUUACGCCUCUGGCAUGAGGAAAGAAUAUUACAGUCUUAUGACAAGUUAUAGGGAAUACUUCAUACCCUCUUCCUGAAUGGAAAAGUAGGGGUUACUGUUUAUAUCCUUAAUCUUGAGCUGAUUUUGAGAAUGAUGUAACUCCUGAAGUUGAGCUGAGCCAGGAAGAUUGGAGAGAUCACCCUCUGAGUGUUGUGGGGAGAGAGAAGUAGUGGCAGGGAGGGUGUUUGGUGGGUGGUACGAUUCUUAGAUUCCUCGCUUAGCCUGUGGAGUGCUCGCCUUCCCCCACCACCUUGCAGCUUAGAGCACUGCCAAGACCACCACCCACUGGGGAAAUGGUUCUUCUCAAUGUGGUCUUGUUUCUGGAUUUUAGGAAUGUGAGUUACUCAGUAAAGAACUUUGGGAAAUUAGUGUGAUGUAGUUAGUCCUUCAUCUGUUAGGAUAAAGUGAUGAUUCUUUACAAAAGAAACAAAAGAAUAUUAUGCCUUUAAUGUUUAAAAUGAAAUUUUCUGUUCAAAACAUGCAUUGACACAAGACUUUCAGAAAGAGUGUUUCUCUAAUGUUCCUCAUGUUAUGGUAGAUAAAUAAUAGGCCCUCAGGUAAUGCUUGUGGGUUGAUUGAAUUUGUCUGGUUUACAGAGUGAGUUGUACGUACUGACUUCAUUUUGUUCCCAAGUGCACUCUUAAGUUUAAAUGCUCGAGGGAGUGGAAGAAGAAUUGAGUGGAUGCUGACUCUAUAUGCCAACCUCCUCAACUGAUUCCAUAAUGGCUGACCUUGGGCAAGUCACUCCUUUCAAUGCCUCAGUUCCCCAUCUGUCAAAUGGGGGUAAUAAUACUGACCUACCUCACGGGGUGUUGUGAGGCAUUGUAAAUCAAACUUGUAGAAUACUUUAGAGUCCUCAGUGGAGGACACCUUGAGCCGAAGGUGAGGCCUGACAUAGGCCUUAGUCCUCACUGAGCUGUCCUGAGGUUGGCACUACUUAGUGAUCUCGGCAAGUUCUGCCCCCCACCCCUCAUCAAAGCUGCUAGUUCAGAUGUUGACAGUGUUUUUGUGAAUGUUGGAGUCUUAUUAGUCCAGACUUAACUUUGGAUGUUCUGGAGGAAGGCACUUGGUGUUUUCUGUGUUGCAUCCACAAACAGAGGUGGUUUUAAACCCAAGAGCAUUGGAUUAGGGAACUACGAAGCCAGAAUGCUACUAUUUGUUUCUCUCUUGCAGGUUGGUAGUUGAGGUCCCAUUUCCCAUGUGACUUGGGCCAUCACAGGAGCAAAGCAAACACAGUGGGUUUACUUUAUAUUGUUGCGUAUCAUUCUGCUAACUAAUCCAGGACAGCCGAGUCUCUGCAGCCCUUGCCUCCCCAUGGGAACCAGCUGGUUCAAUAAAUGUAUCUGCUUCCUCUGCCCAUCACCAGAGAAGAGCCACAUUAGAAAAAAAAUUUCUAGGAAUAUGUUUAACACUCAAAAUUGGGCAUUGAUGCUCCUUAAAGCUUCAUCUAAUUCACUGCAUUCAGUGUCUGUCAUUUCUUUCUUAGUGUCCACAGCCUGAACCUGACUUUGACCUUUUUUCCCUCCAGUUUGGGAGAACUUCGGACACGUAUUUGCCCAGGUGUGGGCUCAAGAGCCUUACUCUUCAUCUCAGUUUAGGGACUCAGCCAGCUCCUCUUCCCAAUAAGGCUCUUUCUCCUUUCCCUCUCCUUGGCCCUAAAUGUGUAACCCAUGAGAAAGCACAAGUCCCUGGCCCCUUACCGCAGUCACAUUCUGGUUCUCUCUUCUGUGGACUCUGCUCUGUUCACCCAGCGCUGGCAGUGCCAGGUGGGUCUGGAGUUGGGGAGGAUGGAGAGUGCACGUAUGCUGACAAGCUGCCAAAUAGCCAGGAGUUCAUUCACCCAUGGCCCACUGGCCUGACCUCCCUUCCCCAGGAUGGGAUCUAAGAGACUCAAGAGGCUGGGUUUCUUUCAGCUCUCUACCAUCCUGAGUAGCAAGCAAAUUACACUUUGUUGCCAGAUUUCUGAUUGGAAAAAGUAGGAAAUUGAACUCUCUAUGGACCUUGGUUUGUGGGGGAGUUUUGGUUGUGUUUCUUGGUUUUAGUUAAGCCAAACAUGUCUGCUUUUUUUUUAUUGUUUUAGGGUAAGUGGUAUAUAUAUAUGUUCACCUUUUAAAUGUAAAUGUUUAAAAGUAGGCAAUUUGUGUGUUUCUACGACUGACAUCUGUUGCAGACCUCAUUCUCUCCUCUUCCACCCUCCUGUUUUCCCUCUUUUCAUACUCUUGUAUUGGUUCUAAUAAAUGGUUGCUUUUCAAAUAUG